AAGGUCCUGGCUGGGAAAGAGGAGUCCGGCUUGACUUGCCCGAGUUCUUCCCGGGAUGGCUUCGCUCUUCCGGCACCUGAAAGUGCUCCUGUGGAAGAACUGGCUCAGUGUCAGGAGGCAGCCGCUCUGGUCACUGACAUUAGUCGCCUGGCCGGCAAUUACAUUCAUCCUCGUGGCCAUUAUUCGACUCAGUUUCCCCCCAGAAGCUCAGCCAAAUUGUUACCUGGCGCCUCGGAACCUUCCUAGUGCCGGAUUCUUCCCCUUCCUCCAAACCGUGCUCUGUAAUUCAGAUGCCGUGUGCAAAGCCACACCGUAUACACCAGAAGAUCUCCUGCCAAAGCUGAAUGGUCUUUCACCCAUACGCCGGAAGCGGAGACGAUCAGCGAGUGCCGACAGGGACAGCCAUCGGUCAUCCCAGAGAGUGGAUGUUCCCCAAAGCAGAAACGGUUCCUUGGAGUCAAUUGAGUCGACAGCCAAUCUGAAAAGCUCCACUGAAAAUGUUUCAUCAUCCAGCCAUAACAGAACUCAUUCGUUCAGAAAUAUUCUCAGCCCAGGAGAGAUGCCAGUGCGAACAUCGACGGUGGCAAACCUGAAAGCGGGCGUCUGUGAUGUUCUGUCUGCCUACGCGUCUUCUCAGAACCCCCUGUGGGAAGUCCUGGGAGCAGACGUCUACCAGACCUUCUGCUUCACUGAGCUGUCUCUCGCGGAGUCCUUUUUUCGAGAAUUCAGAAGUCGGAUUUCUAAACUGCAGGAGGACCCUCAGUACCAGGUGGUUUUUGUCCGGGAAACGGUCUCUUUCCUGUCGCUCCUCUCCGAACUGCAGAAUGAUACGUCUGUGUGGCGCCUCCUGCUGUUGGCCCCGGAGAUCACUCGAGGGGUCCUCCGUGUGGAAGGGAUGGUCGCCGCCCUUCAGGAGACAAGCAGGACCUUUAUAGAUCCGGAAACAGAUUUUCUGUCGGAUGUGAAUGACAGUGGAUUGCAAGCUCUUCAGGACCUGAUUACUAGACUGAACUGUACAGAGCAAGAUGAGAACAAUUCAGAAAUCACUGAUCUUUGUGAGGUCUCUCGUCACUGGAACGGCAACCAUACCUUGUUGGCUCAGAUGAAAGAUAUUGUGAGCAAAAUAAUAUCUCCAGAUUUUGCUAGUGCCGAUUUCCAAAUGGGGAAUCUCACAAAGGAUUUAGAAACUCUUCAAAAGUCUCUGCAUCUUUUCAAAGUUUUGCAAGAAGGCAACAGCACUACUGAGCUGAAAAACCUAAAGCUGUCCAACCAAUCGGAUAACCAGACUGUGCUGAGACUGGCUGAAAUCCUUUCAAGGCAAAUGAGGGAUGCGCAACACAACGAACGGAGGGAUCUUUUUCGCGAGGACGACAUCUUUGAAGGCCACAAGCUUGCAUCUCUGCUGCGUCAAACUGGCUUCAGCACCUCCUCCUUCUUCCAAAUGAUGGCGCACCUGACAGAAAUCCAAAGCAUCUACAACUUAACCAGAGAUAUUUGGGACCUUGUAUCCUUAAACAAGACUAAUUUUAAGGCCACAAAGUUAUGGCGAAUCCUGAAAAUGAUAACUUCCCAGAAAAUUCUUUACGUGCCUGAGAAAGUCAGGAGGUACUUAACUGCAUUGCAAGAGUUGCCUUCGCUGUUUGCAAAUUCCCUACUGAAGCCUACAACAAUGGAAAACUUUCCUGAGAAGAUCCUGGCCCUGCAGAAGAUCUUUGACAUUGUUGCAAAUGUUAAUGCGAGUCGCAAUUACCUGCUGAUUUCCUCCUUGACUGACCUGAUGCAGCAGAUCCAAAAUUCGAUUAAUGCCUACCAGUGGAACGAAUUCAAUACCUAUUGGCAUAUUGUCGAAAAAUUAAGAUCUGCGAAAUGGAAUGAUACAGACAUCAUUGCUUAUGGGCAGGUUCUAGAUAUCCUCCACAAGAAUCUGUACAUUCAUCGCAAUGGCUCUGGCCUUCUUUUAAAUAAUGUACUGGAACAAUUGACUGCAUUUGCGAACGACUUACUAGAAGACUACAGUGGAGACGCCCUUGGUGGAGGAAACAUCUCAGUGGUUUUAGACACCAUCGUGAAAACCCUACAUGUUUUAGAAGACCUGGAGGAAAAGUACAUCAGUGCAUUAAUCACCACUAACCCCCUAAUGCGUGCCGAUGCUCAUAAUGAAACGAUCCAAAGAUUGUUUGAAAUAUUCAGAGAAGGAGUGGAUAUACUUUCUGAUCCGAGACUGCUGGAAGCAUCCUAUAUUAAAAAAAUGGAUAACCUCUUCAGUUUCUCACGCUUGUUAGAUCUGCAGGACUUUCACAGGACUCCAGUAAGGCAUGAUGCAAUAGUGGAGGGGAAUGUGUUAGAACUCUGGUAUUUAACCUUGAGCCCUUUCGUAAGGGAAGAUAUUCAAGAUAAUGAGAGGCUGCUGAAGUGCACCGUCGAAGACUUUCAUCGCAUUGCCGUUGAGGUCUUGUUUAGUAACACCACAUUAAAUGAGGCUGUGGCGGGAAGCACCUGCAGCUUCCUUUUUACCUCCAUGAAGAUGGAAAAUAGGACAGUGAUCAACAAUCAAACCUUUACUGAAGUGUUUCAGCUUGUGCUACGAAACUUAAAAUCACUGCCAACUUUUUCUGCAUUCCAGAAAAGCAAAUAUUUAACAGAUGAAUUUCAGUGCUUUGUCAAAUCACUAGAAUUAUCAUCAGGGUUUCUUUCCAAACUGGAUAAAUUUAUUAACUACAAGAAUCCAUGGAUACAAAAGAUCCAUAAAAGUCUGAUGAGCAUCUCAAGCAAGCUCUCCCAAAGUAAUCAGACCUGCCAGGUACCACUGUUUGGCAAUAUGGCUGCUAUAAACGAAUCUUCGGCAUUUCACAUCUUGAUUCCUUUUGUGAUGAAUGAUUCAGAACCUUAUUCUCACCAUUUAUCUGUCAGUCAGUCCGUCCAGGAGCGAGCGCUUGCGUCUUUUAUGUCACUGCUCAAUGAAUCUGACAGGACUACUAGCAUAUCAAAGAUGUUAGAAAACAGGGGGAAAGCUGUCAACCAUCCCCAGUGGAAGAAUUUAUCAGCUGUCUUGAGUAAAGUUGCAAAUGUAUUGAACACCACGCAAAAUGUGACAGAUGUACAUCUACUGGAAAUUAUUAGAAAAGCUCUAAUUCUUGUCAGCACAGCAUUACCUCCAAAUUCAGCUGAAACUCAUCCGUUUGUUGAAAACCUAGACUGGGGAAUGAAUGCCUCCUAUUUUGAAGACAUGCUUGAUUCAUUAAAAUUGCUCAAUGUAACCUCUGAGACAGAUUAUAGAACUUACUUAAAAAAAUAUUUUCAUACUUGGUCACCGUAUGUUGAUGCCCUUGCUCAAAGCCUUUUCCACCGUAACCCUCAGUGGGAAGACACCAAAAAGGCCUUAAAUUUAACCAAGUUUAUUUGGAAUAAUUUGCUUCUAAAUGAGACAGGUUUUAGUUUAGCAGGGAUAUGGGAAGCAGUCAAAGAGGUGGUGUCGGAUGCAAUUUCACUGUUUUCCGUGGACACCAGACAUGAAGCCACAUUGCAAGUUUCAAAUUUUCUGCUAAAAUCUAUUGCCACAAAAAACAUGCUGGGACAAAUUUUAUCCAUUCAGAAUGUGUACAACAGUACUGCAAAUGUCAGCAUGAAUAAAAACCAUCCUUUCGCUGUUCAUCUUUCAGAAAUAAUGCAGAUAAUCCAAAACAUAACAAAUCAACCAUUGUGGAAGGAGCCGAGUGACCUUGAACACGAGCAGUUAAGAUCAAUGAAACCAAAUAGUUCAAAUCCAGAUGCAUACAGACAUUUUUUAAAAAUUUUGCAUAACCAUUUGAUCACACAGCAUAAUGUUUCUGGUCUUCAUUUCAGUCUAGACCUGUUUACUAGUCUUUUGUCUCACGUGCUACAGAAGGGUGCUGAAGAAAACCUCCAAAAUAACAUCUCAGAAACAUUAAACACUGCCCUCAGGGGUCUAUUGUUUGAUAAAGAUUUUGAGCAUCGAUUUGACAUCAGCCCAUUAGAAACACUGAUGAAAGAAAGUAAUAAGACCCUCCAGAGAAUAUAUGACACCUUGAAGGGAGGGACAAUCUUAUUGGCUGACCGCGGACUGGAAGAAGCAACUGAUAAAGAAAGAAUUGCAGCCCUAUAUGACUUUUCACACCUUCUGUUUCCAGGGGUGUUUAACCAGUCCUUGUUGGGUCAGGGGGCUUCUUCAGGAGCAAAGAUCGUGGACAUCCUGCAUUUAUCUCUGAGUCCUUUCUUAGAUGUGAGGAACCGCAGUGGAAAGCCACAGAACUGCAGUGCGAAGGAUGUCAUUCACAUAGUACUUCAGAUGCUACUUAAAAAUGCCACACUUCAUGAGUCCUUCAGACAAAGCGAUUGUGAAAUCCUUUUCACUUCCAGGGAUUUUGAAAACAGAACAAAGCCUAAUCAAACGCUGACUGAAUUGUUCCGCUCCUCAAUAAGGAAUCUAAAUCUGAGUCCAGAGUCAGCAGAUCUUUACAAAAACGAGGAUAUUUCUAGCACAUUGUUAUGCAUCAUCAGGUCACUGCAGUUUUCUUCGGGCGUGCUAUCAAAAAUGGGCAUCCUCUUUAAUUUUAAUAAUUCCUGGAUACAACAAAUUUAUAACUCUUUAGCAGCCAUCUCUGAAGCGCUGCCCUCAAACAAUUCAACAUGCCUCAUCCCAGUCCUUGAUGGAAUAAAUGAUGUAGUCAAUUAUUAUCCUUUAAAGAUUCUCCCUCCUUUCCUUGCGCGUGGAACAGACUUUCAUUCACAAGAUCUCACUGACUGGCUAGUGGAUUGGAAUCAUUUGUUAGUGUUCUAUGGGCUAUUGCAGGACAAGGUCCACCAGUAUUCUGCCAUGAGUGGAGCUCUGGAGAUGGCCGAGGACGUCCCCAGCCCUUCUGCGGUGGACAAUUUUUCACAAGUCUGGAACUUGGUCUCCAAGAGGAGCCUGACAGAAAUGGAGGGUGCAAAAGGCAGCUUGAGACGAGUGGAAAGGGUUCUCGCCCGCAAUGAGUCAAAUCCUUUCCUGGAGGCCAGCAUUUAUAUUCUGAAGAAAGCCAUGCUUCUAGAUAAGUCGGAGAAUCUGAAAACAGACCAAGAUCCAAAUUUCCAUGCAAACAAACCAAGUAUGGAAUCUGUAUUUGAACAUUCCACCAAGAUCACGGAAAUGCUUUUCAAUGAAAACUUACUCCAGAAUGAGGUGGGGAAGGCAUCGUCUCCAAACAAUUUGAUUGCACAGUUUUUGUCUUCAGAAUUUGAGAACAUCUUCUUAAAAAUGUUGCCCGAUAAUGGCUUUCGAUCAUACAUGCUUUGUCUGAUGAACAUGACUGAUGGGCCAGACAGUGAAUUAUCAGCAGAAGAUGCUGCUGAAAAGAUUAUUUUUGCCCACCGUGACGCCUCCAGGAACUACUCCUCGGUCUCAGAAAUCCUGAUGUUUAGACUUUCCCGCCUCCAGAACCUGACCUCGGCCCUUUGUGACGCUGAGUGGCUCCGAGCAGCGCAGCAGGCCUGCCAGCUCCCCGACCUCAGUUUUGUGGACUUGUGCAGACAAAGCCGGUUCCACAGGAAGCUUCUCCAUGGUGUUGCCCUAAGUGACCGUCUUGCAACCAGCCUGAUUAAUCAUGGGCGCAUGCCUGGAGAACUUCGAGAAAUACUCGUCGGAGACCCCACAAAACUCCAGCAGGAGAUUAAGUGGUUUCGAGAAAAUGUCCCACAGUUUCAUUAUCUCCAAGAUAUCCCUCGGUAUUUGGCUUCUGUGAAUUCUCUCGUGAAUCACACAAAGACUGCAGCCCAUUCCAAGAAGCAAGAUACGAUAAUAGAUCUGUUCAGAGACGUUGACCGCCUCAAGGAGGAUCUCAGAAAUGUGGUGGGAAUGUCUGUGGAAGGCACAGAGGCUCUACUCGAAAUGCCUCUUCCAGAAAACAGGACGGAGCUCUUCUUUGAGAUGCUCCAGCUGGAGUCCUGUCCAAACGGUGGCGCUGAUGCUAAACUGGGAAUCGUAGCCGAGGAUUUCUGCAACCUGCCGCUCACAGAAAGGGUCCACAAAUCCUAUGUCUUGGGGAUCACACUUCUGCGAUACUUGGAUGUAUACAACUUCAUGUACAAGAUGCUUUUCCCCAAGGAAGUGCAGGCCUCUCUGGACAAGGUGUCUGGCCUCCUCCACGAGCUGGACCACUUCAAGAGCCGGGUGGAAUCGGACGUGCGCCCGCUCUUGGACGCCAUCCAUUCCCUUAAGAAGAUGCGUCAGUCAAGAAACGCCCCCCUUUCCAAGGCACUGUUCAAGGCUAGCAACCUCACAAUGGAUGCAGGGACGUUCAAGACCAUUUCCAAAUCUCUCUGCAACCAGGAAAUCACUCCUCUCUUCUUUGAAUCCCUGCUUCCUGAUUUUGAAGAGCAGAAUGUUCACCAUUCGUCCACACAAGAUGAGGGGGUGAAACAUAUUAUGAAUAAAUAUGGCAUUCCACAGGAUUCCACCCCCUUCUGCCUGUCAUUCUAUUUGGACCUGGUGAGGACACCGACUGGGGCGUUAAUUUGGUCUUUCCUGAAGCCCAUGCUGCUUGGGAAGAUUUUGUUUACGCCAGACACCCCUGAAACGCGAGCCAUCAUGGGAAAGUCUAAUUCAACUUUGAAGCUGAUGGCUGACCUGGCACAUAAAUCCCAGGAGUGGCUGGAAAACUCACCCCUGAUCAUGAAUUCACUGACCACAUUGAAGCAGACCAUCCCAGUACUGAAGAACACAUUGCAGAACCCCUUUGUGCAAGUUUUCAUCAAACUCAUGGUGAAGCUGGAUGCCAUUGAACUCCUGAACCAAAUUAACCAGCUGGAUGAUAUACGUUUGGAACUGCAAAGUAACGCUGACAUCAUAAAUCAACUCGACACCUUAUCAAGACUCAGCGUCAAUGUUUCCUCCUGCGUUCUCUUUGAUCGCAUCAAACCGGUGAGGUCUGAAGAGGAGCUUGAGACGCUUGCGAAACAACUGUUUCUGAAGAAUGAGCUUUUUGCCAGCAUCAUUUUCAGGUUGCCCUCAGACAACAAAGAGAGGGAUGGAGCAGACCAUAGGAGUCUUUCCCUUCCACCCUUGGUCAAUUACACCAUUCGGAUGAGCAGUAAGAUUUCCCAAACGACAAAAAGGAUCCGAGAGAAAAUCUGGACGGUGGGUCCGCAUAACUCGGCCUCCCAGAGCCAGAUCUACAGCCGGGCCUUCGUCUACAUCCAGGACAGCCUCGAAAGAGCCAUCAUCGAACUGCAGACGGGGAAGCAGCUGGAAGACAUCGCGGUGCAAGUUCAGGGGACGCCAUACCCCUGCUACAGCAAAGACAUGUUCCUCACGAGCGUCACCUACUCUCUCCCGUUCACCCUGAUGGCCGCCUGGGUGCUCUUCAUUGCCGCUUUUGUGAAGAAGCUGGUUCAAGAGAAGGACCUGAGGCUCUAUGAGUACAUGAAGAUGAUGGGCGUCAAUUCCAGCAGCCAUUUCUUUGCCUGGUUCCUGGAGUGCGCCUCCUUCCUCCUCAUCACGGUCACCUUCCUCAUCCUGAUCCUCAAAGUGGGCAACAUCCUCCCCAAGAGCAACGUCGCCAUCCUGUUCCUGUACCUCACCGACUACAGCUUCUCCAUCAUCGCCAUGUGCUACCUCAUCAGCGUCUUCUUCAACAACACCAACAUCGCCGCUCUGGUCGGGAGCCUCGUGUACAUCCUGACCUUCUUCCCCUUCAUCGUGCUCCUGGUUGUGGAGAAUCACGUCAGCUUCUCCGUCAAGAGCCUGCUGAGCCUCUUGUCCCCCACGGCCUUCAGCUAUGCCAGCCAGUAUAUCGCCCGCUACGAAGAGCAAGGCAUUGGCCUGCAGUGGCACAAUGUGUAUCGGUCGCCCAUGACGGGAGACAACACGAACUUUGGCUGGAUGUGUUGGCUGAUUCUGAUCGAUUCCUUCAUUUAUUUCAUUCUGGGGUGGUACAUCAGGAAUGUCUUCCCAGGGAAGUACGGCAUGGCGGCUCCGUGGUAUUUCCCACUCCUCCCAUCGUACUGGGCAGAGCGCUACGGAUACAUCCCGCUGUGGAACGGAAAGAGCAAAGCCCUUGACUUCACCAGCUUCUUCUUGAGGAAAGAGGCGGCGUUCCCUGAGAAGAUGUAUGUUCAGAGCGCUUUGCCUUCUAACCUGGAGCCAGAGCCUUGCAACCUAACCGUGGGAGUCUCUCUGCAUGGCAUAACCAAGACCUAUGGAUCCAAAGCUGCUGUUCAGAACCUCAACCUGAAGUUUUAUGAAGGAAACAUUACGUCCUUGCUGGGUCACAACGGAGCUGGGAAAACGACGACCAUAUCCAUCCUGACAGGCUUGUUCCCGGCCUCGUCGGGCACCAUCUUUGUCUACGGGAAAGACAUCCGAACCGACCAGGACGCCAUCCGGAAGAACAUGGGGAUCUGCAUGCAGCACAACGUGCUCUUCAGCUACCUCACCACCGAGGAGCACCUGCGCCUGUACGGCUACAUCAAGGUGCCUCACUGGAGCCGGCCGGAGCUGCAGGAGGAAGUGGAAAGGACUCUGAAGGAGACUGGCUUGUACAGUCACCGCCACAAGCUCGCCGGCUCUCUAUCGGGAGGGAUGAAAAGGAAGCUGUCGAUAUCCAUCGCCCUCCUCGGAGGGUCAAAGGUCGUGAUUUUGGAUGAGCCGACCACGGGGGUUGAUCCAUGCUCUAGGAGAGGCAUUUGGGAGAUCAUAUCAAGGAACAGAAAAGGGAGAACGAUCAUCCUCUCGACCCAUCACCUGGACGAGGCCGAGGUCUUGAGUGACAGGAUCGCCUUCCUGGAAAACGGCGGGCUCAAGUGCUGCGGGUCCCCCUUCUUCCUCAAGGAGACCUUUGGCAGCGGGUACCACCUGACGCUCACCAAGAAAAAGAGCCCGGCCUUAAACCUGGCAGAAGAAUGCGACACCUCCGCUGUGACGGCCAUGAUCCAGUCUCACCUCCCAGCAGCUUAUCUCAAGGAAGACAUUGGGGGAGAGCUGGUCUACGUGCUCCCCCAAUUCAACAGCAGCGUGUCUUCGGCCUAUCAGUCCCUCCUGAAGAGCCUGGACAACGGAGCGAGUGACCUCCAUAUCGGCUGCUACGGGAUUUCAGACAGCACCGUGGAAGAGGUGUUUCUCAAUUUGACCAAAGACUUGUCAGAAGGUGAUCCAGCGGAUUCGGAGCCGCCCCAAGAGAAGCCCGGCUGCCCUCUGGAGAACGAUGAGAUGUCCCUGAACUCCGACAACUUCACAGAAAGAGAUGACCAGGCGCUGGUCAAGUCCAAGAAGCAGAACAACUUCGGCCUCUUGCUGAGGAAGGCCGCCGCCUUGUUCGCGAAGAGGUUUCACCACACCCGGCGCAACGUGAAGGGCUUCAUCGCGCAGGUCAUCCUCCCCGUGCUCUUUGUGACGGCCGCCAUGGGCCUCGGCACCCUGAGGACAGAGGUGGCUGAAUACCCGGCCCUCCACCUCUCGCCUUCCCUCUACGGGGACUUCGGCCAGGCUGACUUCUUUGGGAACUAUAACAAAAGCACUGAGCCUCUGGUUGCCUCCUUGCUCGCUUUCCCUGGAGUGGACAGCACGUGUCUGAACAGAAGCAGCCCAGGCUGUUUCGAGGGAGAUGUGCCUGGGGAGUGGCUCUUCAGUGGGAACCAGAGCGCCCAGUAUUCUGCCUGCAACUGCACAGAUGACAAACAGACUUGCCCAAAGGUUGAUUUUGUUCCUCCUCACAAAAGAACUUUCUCAUCCCGGGCAAUUUAUAACCUCACUGGACAUGAUAUAGAGGCAUACCUUCUAAUGACUGCCAAGGAGUUUGUGCAGAAGAGGUAUGGCGGCUGGAGCUUUGGGAUGCCUCUGACGAGCAACCUCCAGUUCGACAUCAACCCCGUCCCUGCGAACAGAACACUAACUAAGGUCUGGUACAAUCCAGAAGGAUAUCACAGCCUCCCGGCCUUCCUGAACAGCUUGAAUAACUUCAUACUCCGAGCAAACUUGCCAAAGGAGAAGUCUUCCACCUAUGGUAUUUCUGUUGUUGCUCAUCCAUACCCUGGUGGAGAGAGUCAGGAACAAGUCAUGCUUAGCAGUCUCCUGGACAUCAUCGUCUCCAUGUCUGUCCUGAUUGGCUACUCCAUCACAACUGCGAGUUUUGUGCUCUACGUGGUCAAGGAGCACCAGAACAAGGCCAAACAGCUGCAGCACAUCUCGGGCCUCGGCGUGACCAGCUACUGGGUGACCAACUUCAUUUACGACCUCGUGUAUUUUAUGGUGCCGGUGGCGCUCUCAAUUGGAGUCAUUUCAGCUUUUCAGAUACCAGCUUUCUUCAACGGCAAUAACCUGUUGGCCGUGUUCCUCCUUCUUUUUCUCUUUGGAUACGCAACGUUUUCGUGGAUGUAUUUGCUGGCGGGGAUCUUCAAGGAGACAGGAAUGGCCUUCAUCGUUUACGUCUGCAUCAACUUGUUCUUUGGCAUCAACACCAUCAUCACGCAUUCGGUGGUGUUUCUGCUCUCCCAGGAAAAGGCCACCGAUCAGGGCUUGCAUGACCUUGCGGAGACCCUGAGGCACGUCUUCCUGAUGUUCCCACAAUUCUGCUUCGGAAGCGGUCUGAUUGAACUCUCGCAGCACCAAGCCCUGAUGGGCUUCCUCAAAGCGUACGGCGUGGUGUACCCAGACACCACCUUUGAGCUGGACAGGAUCAGCGCCAAGCUGCUGGGGCUCUUCCUCCAGGGGACCCUGUUUUUCUCCGUCCGCCUCUUGGUCGACGAUGGAACCAUUCAAAACGUCUGGUAUAAGAUAUUAGAGUUCCUCUACGACAAGGUCCACGGCAAGCUGCCGCUCCAGUGGGAGGCUGCCGGGGAGGAGGAAGACAAGGAUGUCCUGGCCGAGAGCGAGCGCGUGGCGGCGGGCCGGGCGGACUACGACAUGUUGCAGCUCCAGAACCUCACCAAGAUCUACCACCUUCCCCACCGGAGGAUUGUGGCCGUCCGCAACGUCAGCAUCGGCAUCCCGGCAGGGGAGUGCUUCGGCCUGCUUGGCGUGAACGGCGCUGGGAAAACCACGAUCUUCAAAAUGCUGACGGGGGACAUCGGGCCAUCCCACGGGAGGCUGCUGGUCCGGGAUGAAAACGGGUUCUUGAAUGAUGUUGAUCGCGCACACUGGUCCCUGUUCGGCUACUGUCCACAAGAAGAUGCGCUGGACGAUCUCCUGACAGUGGAGGAGCACAUGUAUUACUAUGCUCGACUGCAUGGCAUCCCAGAGAAACAGAUCAAAGGGAUCGUACUUCAGCUCCUGUAUCGACUAAACCUGGUGCCUUACCGACAGAGAAUCACAUCGAUGUGCAGCUACGGGACCAACAGGAAGUUAUCAACGGCUCUGGCCCUUCUUGGGAAACCGUCCGUUUUACUGCUGGAUGAGCCAAGCUCUGGGAUGGACCCAAAUGCAAAGAGGCACUUGUGGAAAAUCAUCUCUGAGGAAGUGCAGAACCAGUGCUCUGUGGUCCUGACGUCUCACAGCAUGGAAGAAUGCGAGGCUCUCUGCACCCGGCUGGCCAUCAUGGUGAAUGGACGCUUCCAGUGCCUGGGCUCCUUGCAGCACAUCAAGAGCAGGUUUGGAAAAGGGUUCACUGUGAAGAUGCACUUGAAUAAUGGUUCUGACAGCGUAGAGAAGCUGACACAAUUCAUGCAGUCAAGCUUCCCGAGCACACAUCUAAAGAAUGCCCUGAUUCGGAAUUUGGGGCCGUGGGCCGCUGGGUGCCCCAGGCGGGAUAACCCAGGCUAG